CGUUAAUCACUUACGUUAAAAGAUGAUUUACAUGUUCUAAAAUUGAACUACAUUGGGUUUGUUAUUAUUAGCCUUCAAUUUUUUAAAUCUUUGGUUGCACGCAUGAAAUGUACCCUUAGUUUGCAGUGAUGUAAUGAUUGAAUCGGGGUAGGUCUUGGUUGAAGAAUGCUUUUCUGAUGACUCCAUUAGUAGCAAGGAUGUUUGAACUGGACCAGACUGGUUAGUCAGACCGGCUGGAUUGGGAACUGAUCGGGGCAUUGGUCUGGAAAAUGGCUUUGAAAGUUUGAAUUGGUUAGACUCUGAACUGGUACAGACUUGUUUAACUAGCGGUUGAAUUGGGUUUUUUUUCCCUGAAUUUUUAAUCAAAUCAGUGACCCGAUAAUGUAGAAUUAUUUAUGAAAUUAAAAUCCAUUCAUGAAGUUGGGGGGGGGGGUAAUUGUUCGACAUAAAGCUUUCAUUACGAAAUAGCAAAUUGAAAUAAGAACACUAGUCCUAAGUUAGGCAUAUCUAAAAAAAACAAUAAGAAUGCCUUAUCGAAAUUAGACCAUAUUGGACAAACACUUGUUAUGUCGGAUUUGAGAAAAGAAAAAGGGAAGAAGGGAAGGGGUUGGAGAUAGAAUCCCACCGGGGAUAGUAUCUAUCAUAGUCGGGGGGAUUGGUCGAUAGUUAGGUAAAUGGUACUUCAAAAAUUUUCUUCUAAAAAAGUGGUAAUUCCCUCAACGAUAUUAAACCAUUUCAUGUUCCAAGCCUUGAAAGUUCGAGUUUCAAGCCUCACCUUUUUCGUUUCGUUUUCACCUUGUGCGUAUACUCUAAAUGGACUAAUUCGGCUUUUAUUUGAAGGUAAUAUAUGAAAAACACACAAAUUACACGUGUGAAUUUAUGAGUGUGUGGUAUGUCCACGUCUAAGACGCCUAAAAAUUUUUAAAAAAAGCGGCUGCAAGCUCGUGUCAUUUUUACUGGAAACACUAUCGUAAUUUCAUCCUCAUCAAAAUAUCUAACACAAAGCCCUUGUCUGAUCGACAAGUGUUCCAUUGUUUCCCACCGUAAAGCAGUUAUCAACCACACAAAAAUUUAACCUUUAUUUUAGUACUCAUAAUAUUCGUUGUCUUUGAAGUAAAGCUUAGCUAUGGCUAUGGGCCUGCCCCCUGUUUCUUUGUCUUGUCAACUGUACCCGACAUCCCUUUCCUUUUUUUCUUCAACUAUUUCCUCCGUCCAAAUCCAUUGUUGGGAUUCUUGUCUUUAUCAAUGGUAAACUUUUGUCACUAUAUAUAUAUUAGCUCUUCUUAACUCAUGUAUAUAUGUAUAUCCAAACACAAUUCGUACUUGCUUUGAUCGUUUUUUUGGAGUUAAAAAGAAGAGAGAAAGGAAGGCUGGAAUCGUUUACUCGAAUGACGAAGGUUUAUCCCAACGCUAGUUUUACAGGCGGGGUGCCGCCGUGUAAGGCGGAGAUGGAGGAGGUUAUGACGGUGUGGAAGAAGUCGUUGAUAUUCAACUGUAAUGGGUUCACGGUGUUUGAUGGUAAAGGUGAUCUGGUAUAUAGGGUGGAUAAUUAUAUGGAAGGGAAUAAAGGAUCCAUCCUUCUUAUGGAUGCUAAUGGCAAAGCACUACUCACUCUCCGUCGUAAGAAAAUGAGCCUGGGACUGGGUGACAAUUGGCUAGUUUACGAAGGAGAAGAAACCAUGGCGAUUCCUCGACUUUCAGUCAAGAAAUCACUGAACAUCUUUAACAACAAGUGCUUGGCUUACGUUACCGCCGGCGAGAGUGAUGGUCGGAAUAACAAAACAAUGUACGAGAUCGAGGGGUCUUAUUCCCGACGGUGUUGCGCCGUGUCGGAUGACAGGCGGAGGUUAGCGGCAGAGAUAAAGCGGAAAGAGGGUGGCAGAGGGGUCGCCUUCGGAACCGACAUUUUCCGCCUUGUUGUUCAGCCUAAUAAUAUCAGGACGGAUUUUGCAAUGGCUUUAGUUAUUCUUCUUGAUCAAAUGUUCUAAACUCUAGAUUCAUACAUACAUAUAUAUAUAUAUACACACAUGUAUCUCUCUAUUAAUUGUAAAAUUAUAUUUUGCUCCUUUUAUUAAAUAAAAAAAAUUACAUACAAAA